AUAAGCGAAAGAUAUUUCCCGCUACGCACCCAAACAAUUGGAGCAGCACCAACACCCACACCCACCUGAACCCUUCUUCUUCCUCUCUCUCCACCCUUUAAUUUCCCGUUCUUCCUCAUUAGGGUUCUUUCAAAGUUGCACUCUUUUUCUUUCUUCUCUCUCUGCUGCAUCCCGUUGCGGUUUUCCUCAUAGAAAGAAGAAAUGGCCACUUUCACGUUUUCAUUGUGCCCUCACACCCUCUGUUACCGCCCUUACACCACACGCUCUUCUUCCCUUUCUUGCUCUUUCCCCUCUUCUGCUCUCCCAGAUAAUGUUGGAUCUAAAGUACCGAGAAAACGAAUAAGAAGAAUAGAAGGUCCAAGAAAGAGCAUGGAAGACUCUGUUAAACGUAAGAUGGAGCAAUUUUAUGAGGGAUCCGAUGGACCACCCAUCCGUGUUCUUCCUAUUGGUGGAUUAGGUGAAAUUGGAAUGAAUUGCAUGCUUGUUGGUAACUAUGACCGCUACAUUCUCAUUGAUGCUGGUGUCAUGUUUCCAGACUAUGAUGAGCUUGGGGUCCAAAAAAUCAUACCCGAUACAACAUUCAUAAAAAAAUGGAGCCACAAAAUUGAGGCAGUUGUUAUAACACAUGGGCAUGAAGAUCAUAUCGGUGCGUUACCUUGGGUCAUCCCAGCAUUGGAUUCUCAUACACCAAUUUUUGCAUCAUCCUUCACAAUGGAGCUUAUUAAGAAACGCUUGAAGGAACAUGGUAUUUUUGUUCCAUCCAGACUCAAAGUAUUUAGAACAAGGAAGAAGUUUAUGGCAGGGCCUUUUGAGAUAGAUCCAAUCACGGUGACCCAUUCUAUUCCUGAUUGCUGUGGUUUAGUACUUCGUUGUUCUGAUGGGACUAUUCUUCACACCGGGGACUGGAAGAUUGAUGAAACACCAUUAGACGGUAAAGUUUUCGAUCGUGAAGCUCUAGAGGAGCUCUCUAAAGAAGGAGUAACAUUGAUGAUGAGCGAUUCAACAAAUGUACUCUCACCUGGAAGGACAACCAGUGAAUCUGUCGUGGCAGAUGCAUUGUUGAGGCAUAUUUCAGCUGCUAAAGGAAGGGUUAUUACGACUCAGUUUGCAUCAAAUAUACAUCGUCUGGGAAGCAUCAAAGCUGCUGCUGAUUUAACUGGUAGAAAGCUGGUAUUUGUUGGCAUGUCUUUAAGGACAUACUUAGAUGCAGCUUGGAAGGAUGGAAAGGCUCGAAUUGAUCCAUCCACUUUGAUUAAAGCGGAGGAUAUUGAUGCUUAUGCUCCAAAGGAUUUGCUAAUUGUUACAACAGGCUCCCAAGCAGAACCUCGUGCGGCCUUGAAUCUUGCGUCUUAUGGAAGUAGUCAUUCUUUCAAACUAACAAAGGAAGAUGUUGUUUUGUAUUCAGCUAAGGUUAUCCCUGGCAAUGAGUCCCGUGUUACAGACAUGCUAAACCGCAUAUCAGAAAUUGGAUCAACAAUAGUUAUGGGGAAGAAUGAAUGUCUGCACACGUCUGGUCAUGGGUAUCGCGGAGAAUUGGAAGAAGUACUUAGAAUUGUGAAACCACAGCAUUUUCUUCCCAUACAUGGGGAACUCUUGUUCUUGAAAGAACAUGAAUUGCUUGGAAAGUCCACUGGCAUUCGACACACCACUGUUGUUAAGAAUGGAGAGAUGCUUGGUGUUUCACAUUUGAGAAAUAGAAGAGUCCUUUCUAAUGGCUUCAUUUCACUUGGAACAGAAAAUUUGCAGUUGAAGUAUAGUGAUGGUGACAAAGCAUUUGGUACAUCGAAUGAUCUCCUUAUUGAUGAAAGAAUGAGAAUUGCAUUAGAUGGCAUCAUUGUGGUUAGCAUGGAAAUAUUCCGCCCUCAAAAUUUAGAUGAUCAAGUUGGAAACACAUUGAAAGGCAAGAUAAGAAUUACUACAAGAUGCCUGUGGCUUGACCAAGGGAAGCUGAUGGAUGCACUUCAUAAAGCUGCGAAUGCUGCCCUUUCAAGCUGCCCUGUAAACUGUCCACUGGCUCACAUGGAAAGAAUUGUGUCUGAGGUGCUGAGGAAAAUGGUGAGGAAGUACAGUGGAAAGCGGCCUGAAGUUAUUGCCAUUGCUGUAGAAAAUCCUGCAGCUGUUAUUGAAGAUGAGGUAAAGACAAAGUUGGUUGGCAAAGCCCAUGUGGAUGGGAUAUCAACAUGGAGAAGAGUGUUAGAUGGGCAUGGGAAGGAAAAUAACUCCACUAAAAUGCAAAUUAGAGGUGUUGAAGGAUUAGCAUCUGAAGAAUACACUACCACCUCAAGUGGAGAUGAUGAUGAUAUUUCUGAAACAGAGGAUCAAGAUGAAUUUUGGAAGUCAUUCGUCGAUUCAUCGUCAGCUGAGAAGUCAAUCAAAGCUAACAAUGGUUAUGUUCCUCAAAAGGAGAAUAAGCCCCAACUGAAGAAAGAUAUUUCUGAAGAGUCUGAAGAAGAAAUGUCCGAAAAGACAUCAAAUUUAGAAUCCAAAUAUUCAAAAUCUGCGAAGAGAAAUAAAUGGAAACCUGAGGAAAUUAAGAAGCUGAUUGAUAUGCGGGGUGAACUACAUGAUCGAUUCCAAGUAGUAAAGGGGAGGAUGGCCCUUUGGGAAGAAGUAUCUCAGAACUUGUCGGCAAAUGGGAUCAGCAGAAGUCCUGGGCAGUGCAAAUCUCUAUGGACAUCUUUGUUACAGAAAUAUGAGGAGGUCAAGAAUGAGAAGAAUACCAAGAAAAAGUGGUCAUAUCUUGAGGACAUGGAGAGGAUUCUAUCUGAAAAUGAGGAACUGGCAACAAAAUGAAUGCGAAGUUACGGGAAGGACAAGAAAAAUUUGCAGGAGUUUCUGCAUGAUUUUGGUAAUAUAAGUCCGAGCAUGGUCCUGAAAGGACAUGUGUGAAUUGCAGGUUUAUUGCGUCAUGGAAUCACCAUGUUGAACAUUCAUUCAUAUUUGGUGUGGGCAUGUGGCUAUAGACAGUACUAAAUGGGAUUGGUAUUUUAUACUGACAGAAGUUAACGAGGAAGAGAAUGACGAUUUGGGGGAUUAUUUAUCAACCCUUCUCAAAUGGCAACAGGCCGCAUGCACCCCUUUAUCUGAAAUUUUACCUUGAAUGAUUGUGCUGUUUUUCUCCUCUAAACUUGUAUACUCAGCAUCAUUUUUGUUCUUUAUUUAUAGGAGGCAUCAACUUAGUCCUUAGGUAGCAGUUGAUGCCAUCAAUUUUGUCAGUUGAAUGGACCAAGUUGGCAUUGAAAGACUGUCACUUGGGUGUUGCUAUACAUGAAGGAACUGAAAGUUUACCAUAAGAUGUAUCAUAAUUGAUUUCAUUAUUUUCUUGGUGGCACUUGCUGCUGUUGAGAAUCAUAUAUCCAAAUAUAGUUGGAUUUUGACCAAAUACAACACUGAAAUAGUGAAACUCG